CAGAAGCGCUGGGGCGAUGCCCUACCCCGGCCCGCCCCGUCCGCCCUUCGCCCCGCCUUCCCGGCUGCCGGCGGUUCCUUCCCGCCCCGCUAUCCUCAGUGGCUACUCCCCUGCCUCUGAGCGAAGCCCUCCCGAGGCAGAGAAACCCCAGGACAGAAGUGGGACAGCGAAGGUGCCUCCCCUCUCUGGGCAGAGCCAGGACUUAUCCGUGGGAAUUGUGGUAGAGGCCCCCAACUGCAUCAUGGCAGAACAGCUGCCAGAAGAGGUGCUGGUGCUCAUCUUUCGCCACCUACCCCUCAAAGAUCGUGACAGUGCCGCCAAGGUCUGCAGAGCCUGGGCCUCGGCUGCCACCAGCAGUGCUGUGUGGCGUGACACCAACAUCAGUUGCGACUGUGAGCAGGAAGGCAUGUUGCCAUCAUAUCUGUACACCUACUUGGCCUACGUUCACCAUCUACGGUUGGAAUGUGAGCUGUCGCGGAAGAGGAGUCGCCAGGCAGUCACAGAGCUGCUGACUGUGCUUGCAAACUGUGCCCCGAGGCUGCGAAGCCUGCGCCUGGAGUCUCGCGGUGAGAAACCACUGUUUGACGCAGGCCGCGACAUCCUGAACGCUGUGCACACUUUCUGCGGGAAGGCUUGCGAGCUGCGCCACCUCGAUCUGCGGCGCUUGCCCUUCACACUGGAUGACAAGUUGGUGCUGCAGGUAGCCCAUGGCUGCCCACAGCUUUGCAGCAUUUUCCUGGACAACCAUACAUUGGUGGACAGCGUGAGGCCCAGCUCCAUACUGGAGCUACUGGAUGCCUGCCCGCACCUGCGCGCUCUUGGACUGCAUUUUGCCAGCCUGUCGUGCGCUGUCCUCCAGGCACUGGCCGCUCCAGGUCGCGUACCUUUCAGGCUCCUGGCCCUGCAGGGCUCGUGCCCUGAAGAUGCACGCACAUCCCCUGUACCCAACGAAUCCUGGGCAGCAUUAUGCUGCCGCCACCCUGGGCUGGCGGUGGAACUGGAGCUUGAGCCUGUGAUGCCUGCUGACUGCGUGACGCGUGUCCUGCAGCCAGCAAUACCUGUGUCUGCGCUGCGCCUCAACCUCUCAGGUGACACCGUAGGUCCGGUGCAUUUCGCUGCACACCACUACGCUGCAACCCUGCGUGUGGUUGAGGUGCGCACUUCUGCCUCAUUGGAGCUAGAUGCCGCGCUGCAGGAGCUGGCAGCACGCUGCUCCGGCCUGCAGGAGAUACACUGCUUCUGCGUGGUGCGACCCUCAGUGCUGACCGCCUUCCGUGUGCACUGCCCGCGCCUGCGCAGCUACACGCUCAAACUGAAGCGAGAGCCACAUCCCUGGCUGCCCAUGCUCUGGCGGUGAUUGGCCAGCUCCCCCACCCCCAUCCUGCGGACCGAAGGUCUCUGAGAUGCGGAGUUUCCUGGGUGAGCUCCAACUGCCGCCAGCUUCUUCGUGAUUUUUGCUUUCUGUGCCUCUCAGGGACGGGGAUGGGGACUGGGACCUGUGGGAUGGUGUCUGAACCAGUCCAGGGCGCCCUGAGUCCACUCGGUGCUCUCAGCCCCUGCAAAUGCCAACUCUGUCCGGGUAGUAUUGAGCUCCCCGCCCCCACCUUCUGCGCACUCUACCCUCGCUAGGCAGCCCAUGGUAGGGGGAGGGUGGGCCUGGGUGCUGGCCGGGCAGUAUGGGUGAGUGUGAAAUAAACAGACCUUGAAAUAUCUCUGCAUCCUCUGAAAGGCUGGGUUGGUUCUCAAGGGGGAGGGCUGGGGAAGAGAGGAGGCAGGAAGAGUCCUGCGGCAGUGGUGGAAAAGAUCCAGACUUCAAGGUCUGUGGAACUGAAUCGGCUGCUCAGGCAAGGGCGGGGCAUUGUGCACCCUUGGAAUGAUUGCACCCCACCGUUUGGUGGGAGGGAGGAGAGGGCCAGCUCCCCACGACCCAUCCUAUCUGCACUAACCUGGGCUUCACUAUGCCCACAGCUGACCAUCGCCUUCGAAGUCCACAGCAGAUCACUUACGAAGAUUUCUCCCAAAGAAUGCAAAAGGAAAUAGACUGAGAAGGAUAGUACUCAAAACUAGGUCUCCCUCAGCACCCUAGCUCCGCACACAUCCGAUUCAGCCAGCCCUUUCCGUCUACUGGCACCUCGGCCGGCAGUCCGAGCCCCGCCCCCAAGGGUUCACACGUGGCCCCCCUCCUGACCCAGCGCGUGGGGGCAGAGUAGGGCGGGGCUGGCGGCAAGCGCAGCACUUUCGCUGCUCGGACAAGCCCGCUGCACCCGGGCCUAGCCGGGCUGGGC